UCGAGCGGGUGAACCCGCAGCCAUAAUCUCCCGUGAGCUUUCCGAACAGACCAAGGGUCACAUGCACGCGGGUGACAUCACCUACACCGUCCAGGCCAUGGGUCACCUGAUCGACCUGCUGGAUGUCCAGCUCAGGAAUCUCACCCCCGGGGGAAAGGACAGCGCCGCCCGGAGCCUCAACAAGCUGCAGAAAAGGGAGCGCUCGUGUCGAUAUUUCAUCCAGGCGAUGGUGGAGACGGUGAAUAACCUGCUGCAGCCGCAGGCGCGGACGGCGUGGAUGGAGCUGUCGAGCGGAGAUCAGCUGCGUGCCGCCACCAUGCUGCUGGACAUCGUCGAGCAGGGCGCCUUCGUGCUCGCAGACAACCUGCUGAAGACUGACGUCGUGCAGGAAAACACAGAAAACAUCCAGCUGGAGGUGGCGAGGAUGAGCACAGACGGGAGUCUUCCCGAUCUGAAGUUUCCACAGACAGGAGGCCAGGGAAACACCAUCCACCUGUCAGCCAACACCCUCAAACAGCACGGCAGAAACGGGGAGAUCCGGAUGGCGUUCGUCCUGUACAAGCAUCUGGGUUCGUAUCUGUCCACUGAAAACGCCAGCAUGAAGUUCAGCAGCGAGACGUUAAACACAAACUACUCUGUCAUCGUCAACUCUCCCGUUAUAACGGCGGCCAUCAACAAAGACAGUAACAAAGUCUACCUGUCCGACCCCGUCAUAUUCACCAUGCGGCAUAUUCAGCAGUCAGAGGAGAAUUUCAACCCCAACUGUUCGUUCUGGAGCUACUCGAAGCGCAGUAUGAUGGGCUUCUGGUCGACGCAGGACUGCCGGCUGCUGGGAACCAACCGAACGCACACCACCUGCUCCUGCACACACCUCACCAACUUCGCUGUGCUCAUGGCUCACGUGGACGUGAAGGUAGAGACGCCGCAAACACAUCUGUCCCAGAUAUAUCUUCGACUGUUGAGGAAGGAGAGCGAGGUUUGCGGGUCGAUCCUCACAGAAGUGCUGACAUCCGGUCUUCCAGACUCAAAGUCUUCUGGGAUGCGUCCCAUAUCAGCUGUGCUCUUCUCCCCUGGCUGUGUGGCCUCCGUAGGGAACCUACAGAGGGAGUACAGUGGGAAUCGAAGUGCUGACAUCCGGUCUUCCAGACUCAAAGUCUUCUGGGAUGCGUCCCAUAUCAGCUGUGCUCUUCUCCCCUGGCUGUGUGGCCUCCGUAGGGAACCUACAGAGGGAGUACAGUGGGAAUCGAUCGCCUGCGCCGUCUUCGCAGCUCUGCUGCAUUUCUUCUUCCUGUCUGCGUUCACGUGGAUGUUUCUGGAAGGAGUUCAGCUCUACAUCAUGCUGGUGGAGGUGUUUGAGAGCGAGCAUUCACGCAGGAGGUAUUUCUACCUGGCCGGACUGAAUGUGAUCUUCCUGGGAAUCGCUCUCUACAAGAUGUUCCACCACACCGCCAUCCUGAAGCCAGACUCUGGUUGCCUUGAUAACAUCAAGUAA